AUGUCAUUCGAGGCGCAAAUAGAUACGUUCAAACACAAGCAGAUAUGGUGUAGAUCUAUAUCAGCCUUAUCAGCUAUUUCAGAAUCGAUUCAUUUUACAAUAAAGGAAGAUGAGUUAUCAUUAUCAUCGGUGAAUGCUAGUCGUACAUCCCAUGGAGAGAUUAUAUUCAAGAGAUCAUUCUUCAGCCAGUAUGAGGUCGAUUUCAGCAAAGUAGCAUUAGAAGGGUUUUCGAAAGGAGACAGCGCUGCAGAUUUACCUCCAUCUUACUCCUUUAUGAUCAACUCAAAACACCUUACGGCUUUAUUCAGAAAUUUUGAUUCCAGCAACAUGAAGUAUGCAAAAUUAAGGAUUCAUUGGAGUGACUACUCAGCAACCAGUUUAAAGUACAAACUACUUAUUGAUAUACUAAACAAGAAGUUAAUUUUGAAAAAAUUUCAAGCUGGAUAUCUACCCAUAACAAAGAAAGGCAUCGCAAUCGCAAAAGAAUACAAGAAUUCAUUUUCUGAGUACGAGAAUAACAAGAACCAGGGCACACAGAGAACGCACCAUAUAAUGAUUGACAUGGUAAUUCCAAAAGAGUUUCUCGAAAUGGUUCCUACUGGGGCAGAGGAUUUCAAAAUUGAUAUCAAGUACGAAAAAGUACUGUUUGGUGGAUACACCAAAGAGGUGAUCAAGGAUCGAGACUAUAUCAAGCAACCAAUGGCUGUUACGGUGACAAUGGGCCUAGACGAACUAGCGGAUAGUAAUCUUGUAAACCCAGAAGAUCCUCCCAUGCGUAUGUUGCUCAAUUUUGGAAUGAAGGAUUUCAAGAAUUUCCUCAACUUGGCUGGCGUUUUUGCCAACUCCUCUUCCACGCCGCAGUUUGACGAAGAGGAAUACGCAAAUCUUGGAAACCAUAGUGAUUAUUUCCACAUUUAUUUCAGAAACCCCGGCGACCCCAUUUUGUUUGAUUUACAAAAUAAUCAACACGUGGAUGUUCAAUUCAUUCAAAUUACUGCCGGUGACAAUAACCAAAUCGACAAUGUAAUUGAAAUUGAUGCUCAGAAAUUGACACGAAAGCUUGAAUUGGAAAAGCCCGUUGCCCGUUCACCAACAGAAGAAGCUGGUGAAAUCAAUGCCGACGAAGACGACUAUCGACAAAACUCCUCUCCCGAGCCAUCGCUUCGUUUUGCCUUUGGCAAACUACCGCAAAAUCGAAGAGAUAAAGUGCAGACAAACAACAUGACUCAACAUCAAACCGCAAGUCACAUUCCAUCAGAAAUGAAUGAUGAUGUGGUCACAUACAAUCAGGGCUCGUUGGAAUCUGCUAUACGCAACGAUGACACUGAAUACAGCGAUUCAGAAGAAGAAUUCAAUGAACCACCUUUGAAAAGAAGGUUGAUCAAUGAGGAGGAAGAACUUGGGCCUACACAAGUUGAGAAACCGGAAUCCAUAUUUUAG